AUAUCGACGCAUAUAUGCAUUUGUUGGAGGAAUAUAAUAGUAUUGACGAUAGUGAACUGUGUAAGGCUUUGAGUAACCUAAAUGAGCUUUUACAAAGAGAUACUUCUAUUAUUAUCUUCGACAGUUUAUCUCAGUAUCUCCAGAAAAUCAUCUGCAAACGGGAACUUCCUUACUGUAUCGUAGUGAAUGCUUUCAAGUUGUUUUUGAAGGAGAUUGACAUUCGUUCUCAUACAAGCAUUUCAACCCAUUUCAGUGAAAGAGAGGAAAUUUUCAAAGAUUACUGGGAGUAUGUUAAAGAAAAAAUUGCAAACUUAUUGCAAAAAAAUGGAAACUUACUAAAAACUUCACAACUGGAGGAGUUGAUAGACUUGACGAUGGAAGCUAUAAAUUGUAAUGUAGACAAGGAUGGUUAUGAGACGCUCCUCAACUGUUUCAUGAUAUCAUCAAUGCCCAUUAAAAAGCUCUUACUGGAAAAGAUUCAACUGAUGAACUUAGACAAGGACAUUCUUCAAAGCAACUUUGUUCUGCCAUUGUUUGAGAAGAUAUUCGUAGUCAUUCAAGAGUUGAUUCAUGAACAAGGUUUUGAAGAACUCUUCCUAUUCAAUCUUUCCUCUGAUGGCGGUACAAUUUCCAACGAUGCUACGUUACAUACUUGUUUUAGUUUCAUGAUAGACAUGUUAUUAAAGACCCGAGAUCCUCAAUAUUUGGUAGAAGGAAAGUUAGCUUUUAUCGUGAAUGGAUUGAUAAAGUAUCUGAGAGAGAGUUAUAGUGGAUCAAAUGAACUUCUGAUGAAUACAUUCGCUGAAUGGAUGGCUCAUUUGAUUGACACUAUAUUUGAAAGGUUGAAAUUAGAGAAUUGGAUCAUCACAAAUAACUCGGAAGAUGUGCAAGAGAUGAUAAUCAGGGUGGCUCUAUCACCUCUUCCUUUGACAGCUACCGAAUUGAACAUUCGAGCAUUCCAUUCAUGGCUGCUUCUUCUCUUUGAACCGAACAAGAUUUCACAAAGGUUGCUUUCUUUACAAAUUACUGAUAUGUCAACUGGAGUUUCUCUUAAUAUUUUUGUAGCUGCAUUUGAUAUUGCUUGUAACGACAUUGAUCAAAGAGUAAGAACUGCUGCUUUCAAAGUAGUAAUUCAAGCAUUGCUCUUGAACUACUUUGAAGGGCCUCUUGAAAUGGAUAAUAUUACAAAACCAUCUGUAGAGUCGAGAACUUGUAGGAAUGAUUUGAUGGACGAUAUCAUAUCUACAACUGUUGGAUGGCCAACUUCAGCAGAUGAACAAGCAGCCAUAUAUUCUUGUCUUGCUUUAGGAGUUGCUCUUAUCUACAGAAAGGAUUUUCGAGAAGUUAUCACUCAUUACUUUUGUCAGCCUAGAAAGGAAGCAUUUUUUGAUCGUCUCUUGGACUUUUUGAAGAACAUGUUGGUAGAAGAAGUACCAGAAAGUAUCACACAACAUUUGUUAUAUCUCGUUUCUGUUUGUUUAACAUUUUCCGAUGCAAGCAGGCAAAUACUAACCAAUAGAAUUGAUUUCCUUAAUGCAAUUCUUUCUUUGGCCAUAUCGCAAAGCAGUUCUCUGACAAGAGGACUAUCCUAUGUUGUCAUCAGUUUCUUCUUGGGAAGUGGAUGCCAUGAUUCGACUCUAUCCGAAUAUGAAACAAAACUACGGAGUUGUAAACUUCAGUUCAGACAAGAUCUUAUGUUCUGUCUGGAUAAUAGAAAGGUCUCUUCUUCUCCAAUAGCGAGAUUUGAAGGUUUAUUACGAGGCUCUCCUCUUUCAGAUUGUUUAGAUGUGAUAAAGGAACAUUGGUCACAUCUAUUUCGGAAUGCUCUUAUUACAUUGGAGACAGUUCCUUUUCAAUUUUCAAAGUUUUCAGAGAUUGUAUCUGCCUCCGAAUGUAGUUUUGGAAAUUCCUCUUUGACUAGAACCAUUUCAAGUAAUCCACAAGACUUGUAUUUUACUGAUAUGAAAUUAUCGGAGCCUUUAUUACCGCCUUUUUCUAUUGAAGAUGAGAUUUCUAUCGUGAAAAAGAAUUCAAGUGUAAUGGAAUCUUCAAAUGCAGAUUAUUCUUUCCAUAUCACAAGUAGCAUUGAUAAGGACUAUCCCGAAGAACAGCAAGAACUUUCUACAUCAGAGGAAGCAAACUUUUCAGCUCAUCAUGACUCUGCCAUUGCAAUAGUAGUAGAAGAUAAUCCAACUGAAAGUCGAGAAGCAGAUAUCAAAGCAGGCUUGUACGAAAAACAAAGUAACCUUUCAUCGUGCUUACAAAAUGAAACUGCAAAUAUGGAGUGGAUCGACAAACUGGAUAGAAUAUAUGCAAGACUAGAAUCUAUAGCCAAUUUCAUAGAAGGCACAUCCAUUGAAACGAAAGAGAAAGCAAAGAUAUGUAAUCUUGGAAAUCAGAGGAAAACAAAUCGACUGAGCCAAUGGCAACAGGAAUCAUUUGAGAUAUUUAGUGUUCAAGACGGAGACAUAAACCGAUGUAAAGCAGCAUGGAUCGAUCCAAAUGAAGAUAUUCGGAAGAUAAUCGUAGAAAUCGAAGACCACUUUAGUAGUUGGCAAGAUGAAAUGGAAGAGUGGCAUCAAUCAUCCAUAAAAAAGUUACAAAGCCACUUCCAGCAGAUUUUCGAUCUGGAGAAUAGUAUUGUAAAGGUAAAAGAAUGUCUGGCAGUGUCUCAUUUUCACGAAGAUGAAUUGCUUCCACAAUAUGACAAAGAAGAAGCUCAGUUACUCCAUGACAUUUACAAGAGCCCUACUACUUUUUUUAGUGAUUUCGAUCCUGUAGGGGAGAAGAAAAAGCUUCAAGACCAGCAGCAGUUGGCACAUUCUCUAGUUGUCCGUUUGAAGACUUCGGUUUAUGGUGAGUUCAAUAGAUGGUGCAAUUAUUUGAGAGAUGAAGUAUUCAGCCGCUUGUCCGAAAAUAGUGACAUACUCAGCCAUUUGCAGAUGCAAAUUUACACUAUUAAGCAUACUUGCGUUGAAAGCAAUCAACUUGGUACUUUGUUGACUUUACUGUUUCGCAGGAAGAAUAGAAGAGGAGAUUUGAACUCAACAACAGAGUGGGAAGACGUGGACUUUUUAAAAGGAGAUGAACUAAGCUUUCUGAUGGACAAACUAUCUGGUCAAAGACCUCUCGUUGCCUUGAUAUCUCUUUGUAUAUUUCUGAGGGAUUAUUUAGACUUGACCAGGCGAGAUUUGAGCGAAUCCAACUCUUACUUAGAGAGACUACAAGGCGGGAACAAGUCUAACAAAAGCAAAGACUACAAGGAUUUAGCUGAGGAUCGCAUAAAAGACUUAGUGCUGCAGAAGGAAAAACUGUAUUCCCUUUUAGAUGACUUGAGUAAAAGAUGGCAAGAAAGUCUUGGACGUGAAUUUCCUGUGGAUGACUUUCAUUUGGCAGCUAACAAUGAUUCUAUACCAAUGAACAAUAAGGGUUCUAUAAUAGCUACCCAUUCGCUAAGUGAUGAAGAUAACUCACAGCUUGAAGAAAAGAAAAGCAUUUAUUCCUCAAGGAAACAUGAAAAAUUGCUGCUACAUGCUCUGAAAGUCAACAAUACUAGGAUUGAGAAGAUUGCAAAAAUAUCGAUGCAAAAUGGAGGUUCCAGACAUUCUGUUGGAGCAAAUCCAUCUGUUGCGUUGAGUGACUAUAAGAGACUACAAAAUGAACACAAGAUUUUGUUGGCUGUUCUAGCUGAGUUACAUAGAGAAUAUUGUAAGCUUGCCAAUCAAUCCAUACAGACUGACCAUAUGAGGUAUAAGAUUAACGGAUAAUGAAUAAUAAGAGAUAUUGAAUGCACAUACAGAACUUGAAACAAUAAACUCCAUCAUCAUUGUGGAAAUCAACCAUUUGCUCUCAAAACGUAGGUUUUUAACAGUUAUAGCCAAUUGUCUGACAAGCCAUAUCCUUUUCAGUUAAGAGUUACUUGACAUUUUAUAUUUGUGAAUAAAGUGUAUGGAAAAUAU